UUCGCCUGUAAUUCUCGAAUCUCAGCUUCGAUGCUGUCCUUUUUGGCGAUCAAAGCCUUUGCGUUUUCCAUUGCUGACGACGAUUCUGCCAUGUCUGCUAUUUGAAGUCCCAUGCGUCAAUCUCGGUCAAACUUAAAAUGAUUGGGUGGUUUACGUGUGCGUGUGUGCAAAAGUUAUAGAGAGCGGAGUCGUUUACGUAACGUUUAUUUUAUAUUAUUCCACAACCCCCAUUUCGCUUGCCAAAAACUGACGCUGGUUCGUUCACUUACCAUGACCACCAACCCACGCCCUGCUACAUUCUUCGGACAGCAGUCAUUGCCAUUGCUCAGCGCAUUGCUUUCAAGUUCUUGCUGUGUCAUUCAGCUUGUCCUCAAUCUUUUUUCCUUUUCAUGUGCAGGAUUCUCAAUACUGACGUCAUACCGACCAUACUUGGUUGCGCUUACAGCCGUGAGCUUGUCCUAUACACUAUUUUCGCGAGGACUUAACUCCAAAACUCUGGGUAUCGUCCUUCUGUGCCUGCUGCUUAUGGUAUCUCCGGAUGCCGUCGACUACUAUAAUCGAACUGGAUAUUCUAAAAGCGAUACGGCGGCUAUCACUCAUUAUUUAAUGGGGAUUGAAGGUAUGUCAUGCAUGGCGUGUGCGAACCGAGUGAAGCAAACUUUGGAGUCCUCGCCCCUCGUUGAAGAGGCCAAGAUCUUUUUCCAGAACGCCAGUGCCAUUGUCACCGUCGCCAUCACGUCCAGCACAGACAAUCACGCUAAGCAUAUCGUUGAACUUGUACAUAAUUUGCACGACAAGUACUCUGCUGUAAUUUUGGAUUCGUGGUAAAUAGCUGACUGCAGACAUAUACCCGGGUUUUCUUGAUUUUUCCCGCGGUAUCGUCUUGGCUGUAACAUAGGACUUGGCUAUAGCAUCGACUUGGC